UUAGGGUUUUUGGCUUAACCUCCUCCGCUUCCAAAAUACUGACACAGAUAGACGCAGACUCGCAGAGUGCUCAGAGAUCAGAAUCAAUGGCGGCUAAGCCUUCUUUGAAGAACAAAGGGAGAGGAAAAGGACCAAAGGGAUCGUCUUCUUCCACCUCCUCGUCAUCAUCAUCCAAGUACGAGCUCGUCAAGGAGUGGACCAACUGGUCGCUGAAGAAAGCAAAGGUCGCGACUCAAUACGGAUUCAUCCCUCUCAUCAUCAUCAUCGGCAUGAAGUCGGAUCCAAAACCUCACCUUUUCCAGCUUCUCAGCCCCGUUUGAUCUUCCCCAAUGUUUUACUGCUUUUACUUCCUCAAUUAUGUUCUGUUUUUUCUUUUUCAAUAUAUGAAAAUUGGAUUAUUUUA